AUGUCUGCCGCCUACAAUGACAAGUGGGAUAUCUCGCCUGAUUCUCGUCGAGUUCGUCACGGUAGACUAGACGUGUCUCCGCUACCCCCGACGACCACUGGACCUGUUCCAGAAACUCGUCGCGUUCUUCUCAAACGUAAACCCUCAGCUUCUGCUGACCAAUCCGGUAACAACUUUGUUGCCCGCACCAUGAGAGAAGUACUGAAAAACGGAGAUUCCUCGGAGCGUGAUCCAGCCGCCAAACGUCAAAGAUCUAGUGUCGUUGUUGUUCCUACUGCUAAUUCUCCCAAGCCAUCAAUUGAUCGAAGAACAGUUUGCCCCAUCCUCGUACGGGUGUUUUAUUCUACCGAUGGUCGGCACACACCUCUGUCCUGUUUCUCCAGUGGUAAACUGCCGUCAGCGGAGUUGCAUAUCAACACAUGGUUGGACGUUAACUUGAAGGACCUGUCCCACGAAGUACUAUACGCCGUGAAGUCAAUCCCGGGAGGCACUGCUACAAACAGACGACACUCGUUGCGAUUGGGCCGAACUACUCGUUUCCACUUUGCGUCCAUAUACCCAGAUCCUAUUCAGCGUGGCUCAUAUCGUAAAAGAGAUCUGGGCUCUUAUAUUAUUCACCCUAGAGUAAUCAACGAUGAGGAAGAGAAGGACGUAACUGGAAAUGGUGAUGUAACUCUUGAAUCAAAACACUUUCAGAUUGGUGACUACUUGGACGUUGCAAUUUCUACCUUUGACGAGAUGCGCGGCCCAAUGGCUGAGGAAGGUAACCGUGCAAACUACCAACGACGGAUGCACGACAGGAGCGAAGCCAUACGUUUUUAA